AUGACAAAACCGUUUUUGGCAAUACUUUUCUUGUUGUUAAUGAUAGAAUUUACGCGUGUAAAAGCGCAGUCUUCACAAGAUGCAGCAGAAAAUAUUUCAACCAUACCAAGACGACACGAUUAUAAGCAUACUUUUAAAAAACCAUACACCUAUAAUGAAAGUGUUCCGUUCUUUGACACAUUUGGGAACGCAUUGUUAGCCCAGGAAUUUAUCAGACUAGCACCGAGUGUACCAAACCAUUCAGGCGCAAUAUGGUCACAAUUACCAAACACUUACAAAGAGUGGGAAGUGGAAUUUACCUUUAAAAUAUAUGGCAAUUAUUAUAUUGGUGGUCGAGGGAUUGGGUUUUGGUACACAAAAGACCGUGGUGAACUCGGUCCCGUGCUUGGUAGCAAAGAUCAAUGGGAGGGAAUAGGAAUUUUUUUUGAAACGGCAGAUGCUUCGCGAAAUCGUGCACAUCCACUUAUUAUGGCUCAACAGAAUGAUGGCAAAGUGAUCUACAGUAAUUUAACGGACCCUGAUAAACGUGCAUUUGGCGGCUGUUAUCGACAAUUUCGUAACGCACCAUCUCCCAUCCAUGUGAAAGUAACCUAUUAUAACGAUACAAUCAAGUUGGCUAUUGACGCAAAUAAUAACGGACAACAUUACCUUAAUUGUUUUGAAGCAAAUGACAUUAAAAUUCCGACCGGAUAUUAUUUUGGACUUUCCGCAGCUGCUGAAGGUGGCACACCAGAUGAUCACGACGUGUUAUCUUUUGAAUUAUACGAAUUAAAUCCACCACCAAAGCAGAAUGUACCAUUACGUCCACACGAAGAGGCGAAUUCUAAACUACAGUCGCCAGAAGAGUACGUGAUUCCGGAAGAUGUACAAAAACGAAUUGAGGAAGUUACCAAAGUCGUGAAUUCAAACACCGAAGAAUCAAAAGAUGAAGAUACAAGAAGCUUAGAUUUUGUAAAGGGAAUGCAAAUUCAGAUACUUGAAACCCUUGAGGUGAUACAAGAGCAAAUCGAUCAUUUAGGCAAUAAUGUAGCAACUGUGAAGCAAAAUAAUUUCCCCCACACCGGUGGGUUUCCAUCCCAAGGCGAAGGUCACCAUUUGACUACAGUCAUUCAAAAACUCGAUAGAAUAAUUAGUGGGAUAGGUGGCUUAGAAGCACGUAUAAUUCAUGUAGGAUCAGCCGCACAUGAUAACUCAAAUCCCGACUUUAAAGAUGAAUUACAACGUAUUAUACAGAAACUUGAUGCUUUAGAUGCUCGAGUGACCGGACAACACUAUCAAACACAAAAAGUAAUCAUGGACGCUAAUUCACAAGCUGUCGAGUCUACUACAUCGACAUGGAUGUGGAUAAUAAAGACUAAUAUUAUCACUUAUGAUAAUACAAGUUAUGCCGAGCAAAUAACACCAAUGACAGCAGAUCUAUCUAAUUCAAUGUAG